ACAUCCAUGACACAUAAGAUUGGUAGAUUUAUAAGAUUUUAAAAACCUAUAAUGAGCAUAUAAAUGUUGCAUUGUCAUACAAUCAACCACCCCAGAGUAUAAAGAAUAUAUUUUAUGAUGUACGUACUAGCAUAUAAUGUAAAAAUGCUGCUUAUAUGUUGAAUAACAAUCCAGUAUUGUUACAUUUACUUAAUUUUAAGUACAGUUUGCUGAUAAUACUUAUGUAGUUUUAAUUGACUAAAGUUUUGAAUGAUGAGCUCUUACCUGUAAUGGGUUACUUACAUUGUAGUAUUGCUUUUAUCGUCAAGUAAAGGACAGCAGUGGAAUAAUUCACUUAAUUUACUGAUACCACACUGCACAAAUUCUCCAAUAAUCUCAAAUACUCUAUUACAAAUAAAAGUCCUGCAUUCAAAACUGAACAAGUGGAAGUACUACUAUAUAUAUAUAGCAGUUUGCUGUUGCAGUUGAUUGAGGUGGAUCUCAAUUUUAGCCCCUAGACUUUCACAACUUUUGUUUUGUCCAACAGCCCAAUUAAUUAUUAAAUUAACAGUUGCAAAUCCUAGAACCACAGAUGUCUGACAUUUUCACAUGAAAAAUGACAUGCAUGGAUAUUGUUUUUUGUUUCAGCUACUUGAAGGCUAUAUUGCUGGGUAGUAUAAUUUUAUAAGAAGGUAUCAUAUUUUACAAGCUCUUCACAUGUUUUGCAUGUAAAAAACUUAAUUUGUAAAGUAACUAGUAACUGAGUCAAAUUCCUAUUGGAGUAAAAAAGUAGGCUACAGUAGUUUGGUCUGAUAUUAGUGGAGUAGAAGUAAAACGUAAUGCAUAAAAUGUAAAACUUUAAGUACAGUACAAGAACAUCAAAAUUGUACUGAGCAUGUGAAACUGUGGUUUCUUCUUUUAGUGCACUACACAGACAUAUUCCGGGGGAUGCGAGAAAAUCUCAGUGCGCAUGCGUAGCGUAGUCAUCUGACGGGUGAGCGCUGUGGACGCUUCGCGCUGCCGCUACACCGAGGGCCACCGCCGGAGCACAGAGCGGGACACAGGCUGUCCCCUGCAAGAAUAAAACACUUCAUCAAACGGAGAGUUAGCAACGAGACGAGCCGGAGGUUUGGAGGUGUGCAUGCGGUGAAGUCUCUCCUGAAAUGUAGCCAGCGGCAGGGUGAGUGUGGGUCGUUGUGAUCGCUCGGUCGCUGCAUGGCUCUUCACAGGGAUGCCAUGAAAAUCAGAACAGCCGACUGAGAGACCGCUGCUCCUCGCUAUCACAGACACAGCGGCGGCGGCGGCGCCGGUGGUGGUGGUGGUGGUGGUGAGCGAUGGAUACUGGUGGAAAGAUCCACAUUAGGUAGCGUUUACGAAGACCCAAGGAGAGCUGCACGUCUCUGUUGCACAGUUUAGUCGCCGCCGGAGCUGUCUAAAGGAUGGAUUUCACCCUGCUCCGGAAUAUCAUCAGCAGAUACUGUGUGGGGGAGGAGAACUGGGUGGACAGCCGGACGGUGUACAUCGGGCAUAAAGAACCCCCUCCGGGAGCUGAGGCCUACAUCCCUCAGCGUUACCCCGACAACCGCAUUGUCUCCUCCAAGUACACUUUCUGGAACUUCAUCCCCAAGAACCUGUUUGAGCAGUUCAGAAGAAUCGCUAACUUCUACUUCCUGGUCAUAUUCCUGGUCCAGCUUAUCAUCGACACCCCCACCAGCCCAGUCACCAGCGGCCUGCCCCUCUUCUUUGUUAUCACUGUCACCGCCAUAAAACAGGGCUAUGAGGACUGGCUCAGACACAAAGCUGACUGCUCUAUAAACGAGUGUCCGGUGGACGUGGUGCAGCAGGGGAAGGUGGUGAGGACGCAGAGUCACAAGCUACGGGUGGGGGACAUCGUUAUUGUGAGGGAGGACGAGACUUUCCCCUGUGACCUCAUCCUGCUCUCCUCGAGCCGUCAUGAUGGGACCUGCUAUGUCACCACCACCAGCCUGGAUGGAGAGUCUAGUCACAAGACCUAUUAUGCUGUACCAGAUACCAUGGCCUUUAGAACAGAGCAGGAGGUGGAUUCGCUACAUGCCACUAUUGAAUGUGAACAACCGCAGCCUGACCUCUACAAAUUUGUGGGACGGAUCAAUAUUUACAAGGACAAAGAAGAGCCUGUGGCUAGACCACUUGGGGCUGAGAACUUGCUCCUUAGAGGAGCCACACUGAAGAACACACAACAUAUUUAUGCUGUUGCAGUCUACACUGGCAUGGAGACCAAGAUGGCGCUCAAUUACCAGUCUAAAUCUCAAAAGCGCUCCGCUGUAGAAAAGUCGAUGAAUGCCUUUCUCAUAGUGUAUCUGUGCAUCUUAAUCAGUAAAGCGGUGAUCAACACUGUUCUGAAAUACGCUUGGCAGUGGUCUCCUGACAGAGAUGAGCCCUGGUACAACCACAGAACUGAGAACGAGCGCCAGCGGCACGUGGUGAUCCGAGCAUUCACAGACUUCCUCGCUUUCAUGGUCUUGUUUAAUUACAUCAUCCCAGUGUCUAUGUACGUGACGGUGGAGAUGCAGAAAUUCCUCGGCUCCUAUUUCAUCACCUGGGAUGAGGAGAUGUUUGAUGAAGAGCUGGGAGAGGGCGCUCAGGUCAACACCUCCGAUCUGAAUGAAGAGCUGGGACAGGUGGAGUAUGUGUUUACUGAUAAGACAGGCACUCUGACUGAGAACAACAUGGAGUUUAUUGAAUGUUGUGUCGAUGGGAACGUCUACAUCCCGCAUGCCAUCUGCAACGGGCAAAUCCUCAGCGCUGCUUCCAGUAUAGACAUGAUUGAUUCCUCACCUGGAGGAUACAGGAGAGAACACGAGGAUCUGUUUUUCCGGGCAUUGUGUCUGUGUCACACGGUGCAGGUGAAGGAGGAGGAGACGGUGGAUGGCAUCAAGAGAGGCAUCCACCAGGGCAGGCCCACUUCCUUCUACAUCUCCUCCUCGCCGGAUGAGGUGGCUUUGGUGGAGGGAAUGAAAAGGCUGGGUUACACCUAUCUGAGGCUGAAAGACAACUACAUGGAGAUCCUCAACAAAGAUGACGAGAUUGAAAGGUUUCAGCUGCUCCACGUGCUGAACUUCGACUCCGUCAGGAGGAGAAUGAGUGUCAUAGUCAAGUCAAGCUCAGGAGAAUACCUGCUCUUCUGUAAGGGCGCAGACUCGUCCAUUUUUCCACGGGUGGUGUCUGGGAAGGUGGAGCAAGUGAAAGCCCGGGUGGAGCAGAACGCUGUCGAGGGGCUGCGCACUCUCUGCGUCGCCUAUCGACGGCUGUCAGAGUCAGAAUAUGAGGCGGCAUGUCAUCACCUGACCGAAGCCAAGAUGGCCCUGCAGGACAGGGAGCAGAGGCUGGCACAGGCCUAUGACAUCAUCGAGAGGGACUUUGUGCUUUUGGGUGCUACAGCAGUGGAGGACAGGCUCCAGGAGAAAGCUGCAGAUACCAUUGAGUCACUGCACAAGGCUGGGAUGAAAGUUUGGGUCCUGACGGGAGACAAGAUGGAGACGGCGGCGGCUACCUGCUACGCCAGUAAGCUGUUCCGUCGAAGUACGCAGAUCCUGGAGCUGACCAAGAAACGCACAGAGGAGCAGAGUCUGCAUGAUGUUCUGUUCGAACUAAACAGGACCGUUCUCAGACAACGCUCUAUUUCUGGGUUGUCGGUAGACUGUCUCGACUUUGGCCUGAUCAUCGACGGGGCCACUCUGUCUGCCGUAUUAAAGCCUAAUCAGGAGAGUGCAGGCCACGGCAACUACAGAGAGAUCUUUCUGGAGAUCUGUCGCAACUGUAGUGCUGUGCUCUGCUGUCGCAUGGCACCACUGCAGAAAGCACAGAUUGUGAAACUAAUUAAAGCUUCCAAGGAGCACCCCAUAACCCUCGCCAUCGGUGAUGGAGCCAACGAUGUCAGCAUGAUCUUGGAAGCACAUGUGGGCAUUGGCAUCAUGGGUAAAGAAGGCCGACAGGCAGCGAGGAACAGUGACUACGCCAUCCCCAAGUUUAAACAUCUUAAAAAGAUGCUACUUGUUCAUGGCCACUACUACUACAUCCGAAUUGCUGAGCUUGUUCAGUACUUCUUCUACAAGAAUGUAUGCUUCAUCUUUCCUCAGUUCCUGUAUCAGUUCUUCUGUGGUUUUUCCCAACAGCCUCUGUACGACACCGCCUAUUUGACGUUGUACAACAUCAGCUUCACCUCACUCCCAAUCCUCCUCUACAGCCUGGUUGAAAAGCACGUCACCAUGGAGACACUCAAGCGGGAUCCCUCCUUGUACAGGGACAUCGCAAAGAACUCCCUCCUCCGCUGGCCGGUCUUCCUGUACUGGACGUGCCUGGGAGUGUUUGACGCUGUUAUCUUCUUCUUUGGUGCCUACUUCCUGUUUGACAACACCACCUUCACCAGCAACGGCCAGCUUAUGACCACCAACACACAGAUGAUGUUUGGGAACUGGACAUUCGGGACUCUCGUCUUCACUGUGCUGGUGUUCACCGUUACGCUCAAGCUUGCCUUGGACACACACCACUGGACCUGGAUCAAUCACUUUGUCAUCUGGGGAUCACUUCUUUUCUACGUUAUUUUCUCUCUUCUCUGGGGAGGCAUCAUUUGGCCCUUCCUGAACUACCAGAGGAUGUACUACGUGUUCAUGCAGAUGCUGUCUAGUGGUCCGGCCUGGCUCAGCAUCAUCCUACUUAUCACAGUCAGCUUGUUGCCAGAUGUCAUCAAGAAGGUCCUCUGCAGGGCCAUGUGUCCCACAGCCACCGAACGUGCACAGGAUCACGAGAGGCUUUCGCGAGGUGGCGUGGCCGAGUUGACUCCACUGUCGUCUCGUCGAUCCUACAAAGGCACGAGCACGGACUCCUCUCACCACCACCUUGGCGCUGCCGAGACGCUGUCGCUCCGCAGGUCUGAUUCCCUGCCCCAGAAACUACUGGCCCACUUGGCAGAAGGGGGAGGGGCAGACUUGUGCGCCCUCAGCCCCUACACGCUCCGUCUCUCAGGGGCGGGAUUCGCCUACUACGCUCCAGGGCCGGAGACCUCCGUGUGAACACAAAUGCAACACUCUGAAACUAUGUGUAUGUGAUUUCUUUGUCGGUUAAAAACACACAGCAUGUAGUACAUCCCAAGAUAUGCGACCAAGAUCUGCACCUCAAGGAUCAAGGAUUUAUAGAACAAAAUACAAACACGUUCACAUUUGUCUAAAGCAUGGGCACUCCAUGCUGAGUUUACCAUGUGCAUUUUCUGGAAUACACCUGAGUGGACAACCCUUUAGAUAUUAUUGCUCUGACUCCUCAUCCUCAUACGUUGGUAACAUCUUUUUGUUACAGUGUCGUCCCUGUCUUAGUCUCAUCAAAGUUCCUGCUCAAACUCUUACUUGAAAAAAUCUAAGAACAAAAAGGGGAACCACGUGAAGGUGCAUUAUUCCUUGCACUAUGGAACUGUCAAGUUUCAAUAUGUCAACAGUCGGGCAUUUUUGUAUUCCUCGUCCUCAUUUUCAGUCUCACAUUCUUGCCUGUUCCUCCACUUUUGUGUCCUUUUUUUUUGUUUGUUUUUUUGCUUCUUUUGUAAAUGUUUGUUGAAAACAUUUAUGUACAGUAUGUGGUCUGGCCAAGUAAGGGGCAGUCAUCAAGCUCAGCCCUUUAGGUGUGCGUGAGUGUGCAUGUGUGUGAGUGUAUGCAUGAAUUUGCCUGUUAUUGUAUGUUUUUAUGUGACACACCUUUGCCUUACAGGUAACCACACAGCAGCAGGCUAGGAGCCAAAGGAGAAAUGUGUUAAAAAAAAAAAAAAAGAAAGAAAGAAAGAAAAAAAAAAAAGCAGAAGUGGUGUUUUACUAAGCCUUACACACACACAAACACACACCCAUCAGCUGGAGGAGAGAAAAGGGGAAAAUCUGAAGAGGGAUGUGCAGUAUUCUACCACCCUGCCUUAAUUCAUAGAAACCCAUUUUCAGUGGAUUAUAUUUCUAGCUCAAUUUAAACAAGUUUGUGAGAGUACAAGGAGGUUCAGCGGGCAUAUAUGUCUGGUACAGUGUGCCUAUUAUUCCUCUUUCAGCUUUCUUUUUACCAUCAUGAUACUGUCACGCUUUGUUUCCCUUCUUAUCCGCCAGUGUUUCAUGUUGGAUCUCUCUGCUGCACACUGAUCUGUUCUUCUCUCAGUUGUUCCUUAUCCGCCUUCAUCCCCAGACAUCAUUCAUCACAAACUAUAUCAUGACACCUUUUCUUUCCCAUGAACAAUGGGCACACUGUACCCACUCCCGCCUCCAUGUGGCCAUGUAGGGUAACAGCAGCAGUCUUUAUUUAUGAUGUCCUGAAUGACAUGCUAUUCCUCACUGUUGCAUUGUGCUUGUACGUUUGCUGCCAUGCUCUGUGUUAUGCAAAAGUAAAUGUAAGAAUGCUAAUGUCAUGUAGUCACAUUAUAAGGGGUUUUCCCUGUGUUGCAUUAAUCCAUGAGUUUUUCUGUAUUGUCCUAAAAUUAUUGAUGGCAGUCACUGUUUAUGUAUGGAUGUAACUUUUGAUAUGUGUAUUGUAGUGAGACGGGGUGUUAUAUAUAGUCUGUUGUAAGUAGGAGGGAGACUUGAAUCGGCGAUGUCACAAUCAAAUCAGUGAGAAUGUUGAACUGAUUUGUCCAUCAUGUCCUCCAGCUGAAGAUUGUAGCUCAUUAUGGAUGAACCUCUUUUCUGCAUUUCUAACAUCUGAAGUCCUCUUUGUCCAAAGCAUAUCUGUUGCGUUGCAUAGCGAAUGACUGACUCGGGAAGUCUUGAAUGUCAGAUUCUCAAGCAUUUUUGUAUGUUUAUACAGUUUAUUUUCGUACACAUCACCAUCUGCCAACAUGUAUAGAUUUAAAAACAGCUGUUCAGUGUUUUUUACUGGGGCACAGAUGGUUUACCAGUUUGUUUGGAGGUCUGAAUUUGUCUCACUCAAAUCCCACAAAACCUCCACCAAGUGUUUUGGACCUGUUCGGGCUCAACAUCCAGACAAUGGUCGUUUUAAAUGAAGGGCCUUUGUGCUUGUUAUACAGCGUUCCACCUCGCUGUACUUUAAUGAUGUGAUGGGGAAUUCUUUGUAGUCAUUCUUCAAACUUCUUCAAACAAACUUUUUUUUUUUUUUAGGUGAGUCCUCCACAACUCAGUUUUUCACUACUUUUUGUUUUUGUGUUGGCCAUUGUGAGAAUUUCUUUUGCUACUUUUGUAUCCCAGAGAGAAGACUAUAUUUUAACUCAGUUACAAUGUGUGUUUAAGUUUGUAACCAAAAUAAGAGCAACAUAUACAUUAUAUGAUUCAUUAGAGAUUUAUCAAUAGGUCUACACACUGCACUUUGUUCUACAAGAGAUCAGUUUUCCCCUAAAAACAAGGUCUAUUGUCUGUCGACUGGGGUUUGUAAGUGUUCACUCUUCCUCACAAGUUAUUUUUCUAAGAAGAUUGUAGUGGGUGAGAAAAGAAAGUGACCAAAUAACUUGACAUGGAAUGAACUGUCUGUAGGUGUCAGCCUCUGUCUGAAAAUGGGUUUAUCACACCAGCCUUUUACUGCUGAUUAGAAUGUCAAACUGCUUUUCUAAGUCCAUCAGCACAACAGCAGGUGCUCAUCCUGUCACUCCUGAGCUUGGCAAAGGUCUGAAAUGUCGACUUCUGUGCUCUGGGCAGCACGCUUCAUAUCAUACUUUCAGUACAGCACUGUUUGUAUUACUAAACAGGUUUUGAGAAACUACCUUUAUUUUGGUGGGAGGGUGGGGGGAAUAAAGAUUUUAAAAGUUCACUUGUUGACUUUUUGCCAGCCUGUCUGUAGCAAAUGAGGGCAAAGCACUGUAUUGUCAUUCUGCUUGUAAUAAAGAAAGAGUGAAAACA